AUGACCAUGAUAAACAAAAUCCACGGAGUACCCACAACCAUCAAAGAAGCCAGCCGGGACAGUUAUGCCGACUCACCAUAUGCUGACCCCAUUGAUGUAAUCGACAUCCCAAAGCGGUUCAGUCCACAAAAUAUGCCCAUGUAUGAUGGAACCACCGACCCCAGAGAACAUAUAUUAACCUACAAGCAGCGCAUUAUGAUAAUCCCGGUCCCUAAGCACAUGAGGGAAGCCAGCUUAUCCAAAGGUUUCGGCUCGACAUUAAUCGGACCCGCCCCUGAAGUGGUUAACCAGCUUGCCAAAUGGGUGCAUCACUUCCUUUGCACAUCUCGACAAUAUGUUCAACCAGAAGAUAGCCAGCAGCAGAGGGUUAGAGAAGCAGCAAACGAUCUAUACCGUGUGGUCCAAAGGCCUGACAAACCCCUGAAGUAUUACAUAGCUCGAUUCAUCAAGGAGAAGGUGACAGUUCUAGAAUGCGACGUCCCGACUGCAAUCGAGGCGUUCAGACAAGGGCUAUAUGGGGAGACCGACCUGUGGAGAGACCUAAUCAAAUAUCCUUGCAAGACGUUAGAAGAUGCACAAGCCAAAGCAAUGGCCCAAGUCAGACUUGAGGCUCUCUAUUCCAAGAAGGGAACAAACGAUUAUACAAAGACGGACAAACGGCUGCCUUACCCUAAGAGGAGAGAUGAUCGUCCUUCCCCUUACUCCCGACCACAACAAGUAGAAGUGGUGGAAGAAGAUGACGACAUAGAUUGCAAGAACAGUCCCGACUUACCUCCCAGAAUUAAUGAAUACUCUUUUUAUGUUGACACUGCAGGUCUGAUGAACCAUAUAUCGAAGAUGGGGAAAGUAGUGCAAUGGCCGCCAAAGUCCAGCAAGCCCGACUCAAAGAAAGACCCCUCGAAGUGGUGUGAUUUUCAUGCUGACAUCGGCCAUACCACCAACGAAUCAAAGAGGCAUGCUCGGGAGAACGAGAUCAAUAGACCAGAAAGGGAGGUCACUGCGAAACACCUGACCCCUAUAUCCUUCGAUGAAUCUGAUGCAGGUGACAUCUCCGACAAACAUCAUGACGGUCUGGUGAUAUCUAUUCCCGCCGGGGAUAGUAUGAUCAGACGGGUCCUUGUCGACAAUGGUAGCUCCACCAAUGUUAUGAUGCUUGAUGCCCUUAAGAAGAUGGGGUCGAAUCCAGACACCGACGUCGUUAAGAAAUCUACAGUUCUGAUAGAAUUCAGUGGCGAAGAGAAAACCACUUUCGGAGAAGUCACACUACCCGUCUAG